ACCAGAACAAUGUGCAACUAAAUAAUGACUCGACGAAAACAAGACUCUUCGAUAUUUUAAUACGGUACCAUAACUUCGAUAUGUCAUCGCCUCCGCCGAAGCCGGCCCGCGAAGACGUGGCUCCCUUUCUGGUUCAGCUGUUCUAUCGCCAAGGAACUUUCCACAGACCAGAGGAGUUUGGAUCGCCCUCUUUACCACCGCAUGUCCCGAUAUACACAUGGUCUGACUGUACCCUCAAGGAGCUCGCCCUCGAGCUAGCAGCUGCCAAACCGUCCGCCCUCCCCUCACCCGCCAUCGGUGCCCGCCUCGCAUUCCAGCUCGUCUUCCCAGAUCUUCGCAAUACCAGUACGGUCAGCAAUUCACAACCUCGGUUCGGUGUCAAGGAUCUAGGCAGCAUCGUCAUUGGCGAGGGAGAACCGAGUGUGGAACUAUCGGACGAUGUCGAGAUGGACGGAUCAGUGAAGGGAUUGAAGGAUAAGGACAAAACACUGAACGACGCCCGGUUCGUGGUUGGGGACUAUAUAUCCUGCGCUGUGAUACCGCCUCUGUCGGAUGGCUCGGUGGCUCCAUCACCGAUCGCCCGGAGAGAGCCAGCCAUGGCUCCGCGGGAAGGUCGUGGCGGCUUCCGGGGAGGGUUCCAGAGCCGGGAGAAUGGCAAUGGUCGUGGUGGCCCCCGGGGAGGAAGGGGUGGGUGGAGAGAUGAUAUCGGAGGCGGAUUUCCUAUGGGAGAAUGGAGGAGAGGCGAAAGGUUACCUGAUGGCCCUGGUUCUGGACCAAGAGCAAGAGGCAGGGGAUGGCGGUGAUGGAAGAUACCCGAAGCAUAUCGAGGGCCAGGAGGGCGGCGUCACGUUAUAUUAUACCCAAUUUUCAGGAGCAAUUCAUCUGAGGUUUUCACGUCAAUCAAAUUGGGCACG